AUGGUACUAAAGGAAAAGCAAGACCAAUCGUUGCCUUUUGUGAUUUGUGCCCAGGGUGACAGAGUGGAGAUGUGCCAUGAUCUGGAGAGAAACCUGCCAGGAGAUGGAAGCCAUUUGCAGAAGACUGUUCUGUACAGAGUGAUCACAGCGUACUCAAGGGCCAUGCGAGUGGCCCAGUCCCCCAUGCCCGGACAUAGCAGAAUGUCCAACAGCAGCUCCCUCAAUGAGUUUCUCCUCUUGCCAUUUUCAGACAAGCCGGAGCUGCAGCUCUUGCACUUCUCGCUCUUCCUGGGCAUCUACCUGGCUGCCCUCCUGGGAGGAGAGUAUUCUCUCCUCACAGUCAUGGCCUAUGACCGCUUUGUUGCCAUCUGCAAACCCCUGCACUAUGGGACCCUCAUGGGCAGCAGAGCUUGUGUCAGAAUGGCAGCAGCUGCCUGGAGCAGUGGUCUUCUCUAUGCUGUGCUGCACACUGCCAACACAUUUUUAAUACCACUGUGCCAAGGCAACACAGUGGACCAGUUCUUCUGUGAAGUUCCCCAGAUCCUCAAGCUCUCCUGCUCAGACUUCUACCUCAGGGAAGCUGGACUUAUCAUGGUUAGUCUUUGUUUAGCUUUGGGGUGUUUCAUUUUCAUUGUGGUGUCCUACGUGCAGAUCUUCACUGCUGUGCUGAGGAUCCCCUCUGAGCAGGGCCGGCACAAAGCCUUUUCCAUGUGCCUCCCGCACCUGGCCGUGGUCUCCCUGUUUGUCAGUACUUCAUUUUUUGCCUACCUGAAGCCCCCCUCCAUCUCCUCCCCAGCUCUGGAUCUGGUGGUGGCUGUUCUGUACUCGGUGGUGCCUCCAAGGCGCAAACCUCGUCUGUCUACCCCAGAGGCCUUCUAUAAAUCUGCCAACCACUGUCAGAGCUGGCCUCCCAAGUAG